CAGCGAAUUUUAGUUACGGACUUUAGCACCAUUUCAUUUGCACUCACCCGGGCACGAAAUAUCCUUCAUAAGCUGAAAUACUAUCUGAAUUCGUCUAUAUACUUCGUUCUUUUAUAUCAGGGCUAUUUCUGCAUCAAUUGUUCCCCACGGCCUAUUACUUGAUACAGCAUUUCUAGAACCUGUUAUAUCCAUGUCGCCCAAUUUGACCCAAAUGCAGCAUUGAAGUAAUUAUUGUCGUUUAUGAGCAUGGCUGAGGAAGGUGAAGCACAGGAGGUCCCUGCAGAGGCCACUGCAGCCGAAGAUCCCGCACAGCAGACGGAGGAGGUCCCGAGCGGAGACGCGUCCGCACCUGCUGAGGAAGGGGCUGGCGCAGCUCCGGAUGCGGAGGCGGUCGAGCACUCCCAGACAGCCGACCCUCCUGAGGGACCUCCCGAUCCGGGCGAUCAGGGAGCGGGAGAAGGCGCUGCGCAACUGAGCCCAGAAGGCCAACAGCCGGCGGCGGAACCUAAUGAGGAAAGCGCAGUCCAACCAAGCCCAGAAACGGGAGUGACAGAGGGAGAGAAUGUCGCCCCGACAGACGGAGAUCCUGCGGGAGGUGCUGCGCCGCAAUCUGAUGCCACUCCUCAGGAGGCUGACCCUGGAGUCACUCCAACCAUUAACGCAAGUCAACAGGAAACCGACGAGGCUGCUCACGACUCCACCACCGGAGGGGAGCCAACGGUCGCAGAGGACGACGCGUCCUCACUUGGAAAGGGAGAGGAAGAGGAGGACGGGGUCACUGACAUCACAUCGCAACAGCCUGCGGACGAUGAAGACACAGCGAGUGCCGCGGAGCAGACGACAGAGCGCGGAUCAGCGGAGAGCACAUCCGCCCACACACCAGAGGACGAGAGCACGUCAGACCGGUCCUCGGCAGAGGAAGCGACCACGCCUGGCUCCGCGGACAGCGGCGGCCGCAGCAGUCUGACGCGUCUAGUGGAGCGCAGCAACCUGGAGCAGCAGCACCGCGCGCUGCUGCUGCUGCGCCGCCAGCUGCUGGCGCGCAACCAGCGCCUCCAGCAGCGGCUCAGCCAGCACUUCAGCCGCAAAACGGACGACGCCGCCGAGCGCGUGGAGAAGAACGUGGGCGAGCUGGAGGCGCGCUACAGCCGCUACCUGAACGGCAUCCGCGAGCAGCAGCGCUUCACGGACGAGGAGCGAGAGCGGCGCCAGCAGGAGCUGGCAGCCUUCCGCGCCCAGGUGGAGCAGCAGAGCGAGCUGGUGGCCUCCGCCUACGCCGAGGUAGUGGACCUGCGCAGACAGGUGGCUCUAAAGUCGCGCAGCAGUCGCACCGGCCGCCUGAUGGCUGCCUCAGAGGUGGAGGCGCUCAUCAGUCGCGAGCAGCAGAAGGAGGUCGAGGUGCAGGAGGCGCGCCUGGAGAGCCUCCGCCGCGAGACGCGCCUCAACCGUCUCGAGCAGACCCUGCGCGAGAGCGAGGAGCUCGCCGGCGGCAUCCACCUGAUCGACUUCGAGCAGCUCAAAAUCGAGAAUCAGACGUACGCCGAGAAAAUUGAGGAGCGCAACGAGGACCUCACCAAGCUGCGAAGGAAGAUCAGCAGCACCGUGCAGAUCCUGACCCACCUGAAGGAGCGGAUCCAGUUCGAGCAGACAGAGAACACGCGCCGUCGGGAGCACCUGGAGACCGUGUCGGCAGAGGUCACCCACGGCCGAGAGAGUCUGGCGCAGCUCAAACAGCGCCGCGACCAGGUGCGCAACCGGACGGCCAGCCAGCGCGCCACGGCCGGCCUGCUCGGGCACGAGGCGCUCCUCCGCGACUUCGAGGCGCGGGUGGACGAGGAGGCGCGCCUGGUGCGCGAGCUGCAGACGCUGAAGAAGGAGUACGCCGACCACCAGCGGAUGACGCAGGAAAUUCGUCAGACGGUGCGCGCGCGCAAACAACAGCAGCACGACAAACGACACAGGUCGGCCAGCAAACACUGACCGGGAGAGCAGCAGCAGCACGACAAACGGCACAGGUCGGCCAGCAAACACUGACCGGGAGAGCAGCGGAGCAGCGACAGACACUCGCUGAGAAAGCAGUGGAGUAGUCGUAGGACGGUCAGCAGACGCUGGAGGGCGCAGGUCAGCAGAGUAAAUAUGGGCAGACACUGACGGGACGGCAGUAAAAAUAAUGCAUGACGGUCAUGUUCCACCGGGGAAUACGUUCCUGUUGCAAAUAAUGACACUGACGUUAGACAUUAUAACAGAGCCCGACGCAUAACGGUGGCAAGCCAACGCGCUGAUACAU